UACCUAUGUAGUUUGCUUGCAUUUUUGUUUCUAUUUUAAUCAAUUUUAACAAUGAUGGAAUCUAGUACAAGAAGUAGAAAAAAAGUAAAUGAAAAUUCACCAACAAGCAAUAAUCCAACGAGACAAGAAAUUCAACCCAAACGUUUGUGGCUGAACUAAUUAUUACCUGACCUAUACCCGCAAUAUCAUCAAUGAAUCCGUAACUCAACUGUGACAACCUUUGUUGAAUGAUUCUAAUGGUAUUUCAAUUGCUUUGUACUAAUUUUUGCCAAAUUUCUUAUAAUGCAACAGGGGUAGGUGUGUUGGGUUAGAAGAUAAAAUUUGGGAUGAAGAACUCAGAAGUUCGGCAACGGAAGUUUGGCAAAAAGAAAGCGACUGAAACAGAAUCAACAACAAAACAAGAAAAACCUCAACGUAGCAUCUGUUGGUUGAUAUUUUGUGUAAUAGUGUCCACUGUACUUGUGCUAUUGCUUAUCGGAUACAUUAACUCACCUGUGAAAGCUGUUGCCAUCAAAGAUUAUGUGCAUGUACCAUUGACAGGGAAGUUUAGCAUCAACUACAAGCUUACUAAAGGAAAAAGAGUUCCACUAACAGGUCCCGAAUCUAUAGCAGAAGGUGGUGAUGGUAAACUAUACACUGGUUUGGCUGAUGGUAGAGUUGUGUGCAUCCAUCCUUCAAAUGAUGGUGAGAUUGGAGCGGGGAAAGUGGAAAAUAUUACCACUGGUGUGAUAGAAGGAGCUUUUGCUAUUUACAAUAAUGCAGGCCAUGGAAGACCACUUGGUGUUCUCGUAAAAGGAAACACAUUAUAUGUGAUGGAUGCAGUCUAUGGUUUUUACGGCAUUGAUCUCUCCACUAAGAAAAUUACUUUGCUUGUAACGCCUAAUGCAGUAGAACCAGCAAUGAAAUUUCCAGAUGACCUUACUAUUACUGCUGAUGGAAAAACUGUUUAUUUUACCGACCUUGCAGUAUAUCCAAUGUCAAAAAUGGGUUAUUCAGUGUUCUCAGGUUUAUGCAGUGGUCGUGUUAUAAAAUAUGACAUUCCAACCAAAAAGGUUACCGUGGUAUUGAAAGAUCUAUGUGGGGCUAAUGGUAUACAACUUACAAAGGAUGACAAAUCUGUUAUUGUGUGUGAAAUAAAUCAUUAUAGAUGCAAAUGGUUUGAUGUGAAAACAUGGGAAGAAAUUCGAGUGCUAAAUUUACCAGUGAUGCCAGAUAAUGUCCGGAUGAGCAACCAUGAAACAUACUGGAUUACUGGGGGUCAUGUGAACAAACUUCCCACUUUUUUAUCAACAAUUUCGCAAAAAGUUCCUUUCUUUAGGCAAUCCUUGCUUGGUUUGCUUACACCUGACCUUCAAAUGAUGGUGUUUCUCUACACCACAAAUACCAACCUUAACAUGUUGAUUGAAGUGAACGAUAAGGCAGAAGUGAUUCAAGUAUUACAAGAUCCUGAGGCACAACUCUGUCUUGGUUUAUCGCAAGCCACCCAUCUCAGUGAUGAAAGGAUCGCUCUCGGAAGUUUUUUCGGCCCAUAUUUGACAAUCCUGGAUAAACCAGACAUGUAAACUUAAAUUCGGAGCAUGUUUUAUUUUCGCACUUGGAAGUAACUUGAAGUAACUUGCCCCAUAUUUGGCAAUUCUAGAUAAACUAGUUUUAGAUUGUUUUAAUUUUUAAUCCAAAAUGAGUGUUGAUGUUUAUAUGUCGUUAAAUUUAUCAUUGUUUAAUUUUUUAUCCUAAACUUAUGCAACAUUUUAUAAAUUUUAAUUCUGUUUUAUAUUACUAAAUCCUCAAUGUUCUUUUCUAAUGUACCUCUAUAAUUUUUGUGUUAAUAUUUUUUUAAUAUUACUACUUCAAAAUAUUAAUUUGUAAACUAAUCUUUUCCCCUUUAAUCUACACCUCAAGA